AUAUGAUCUGAAGAAAUAUGGUGUGUGACCUAAGGAUUGUGUAAGAAAGAAUAGGCUUUAUAUUCACAUGUUCUUGCACUAAAACUGGUCAAAAUUGCAUUUAAUCUCUAGAACAAUGAAGACCAGCACAAGGCCAAAUUCAAAACCUCGCUUUAUUCAGCACAAACAGGAAGCAUAUUGGUAUUACAGAUUCCUGUCCAUCUUAUAUGACCGAAUUAUUAACAGUUGCUGGACAGCAGACAUGAGAGAAGAUGCUCUUGAACCAUUAGAUCUCUGUAGGAGAGACUUGACUGUUGUGGAUGUUGGAGGUGGCACUGGAUUUACCACAAUGGGUAUUAUUGAGCAUGUUGAUGCAAAGAACAUAAUCAUUCUGGAUCAGUCUCCUCAUCAGCUUGCUAAAGCCAAAGAGAAGGAGCCCCUUAAAGAAUGCAAGAUCAUGGAGGGUGAUGCAGAGGACCUCCCAUUUCCUACUGAUUAUGCAGAUAGAUAUGUGUCUGCUGGAAGCAUAGAGUAUUGGCCAGAUCCACAAAGAGGAGUUGCAGAAGCUUACAGAGUUGUGAAAGAAGGUGGAAAAGCAUGUAUUAUUGGUCCAGUUUAUCCAAAACUAUGGCUAUCUCGUUUCUUUGCAGACAUGUGGAUGUUAUUUCCUAAGGAGGAGGAAUACAUUGAAUGGUUUACAAAAGCAGGCUUUGUAGAUGUGAAACUAAAAAGAGUUGGCCCAAAGUGGUACAGAGGUGCACGUAGAUUUGGCUUGAUUAUUGGUUGUUCUGUCACUGGUGUUAAACCAGUAAAUGGUCUUUCUCCAUUACAGCUUGGACCUAAAGUUGAGGAUGUGAAAAACUCAGUAAACUCUAUAUCAUUUCUUAUCAGAUUUAUUAUGGGAAGCACUGCAUCUGCAUAUUUUGUCUUGGUGCCACUUUACAUGUGGAUCAAAGAUAAAAUUGUUCAAAAAGAUCAACCAAUUUAAAAUCAAAUCACCAUUGUAAAUUAAGAUUAAAUAGUUUCACCUAUUAAGUGGUAAGUUGAGCAUACAA